AUGUCUCAUCCAGCUCUGAGUGACACCGUUGGCGGAAUGACAGAGAAUGUCACUGGCGAGAUCAAGAACCCCCUCAUCGGUAUCCCCCACGAUCAGCUCAUGGCAAAUGUGACUGCCUACGCCGCCGAAUAUGACCUGAAUGAAAUCCUGCCCCUCCUCAAGAAGGGUGCCCUCGCCGCUCAAUCACCAUCAGGAAUCGAGCACAUCGCCGAGCUCGACGACGAUGACCGCCGUAUUAUCAACGAAGAGCAGACCCACCGCUGGAAACACCCAUUUGUAUUGUACUACACCAUUAUCUUGAACUCGAUCGCGGCAGCUAUUCAGGGCUGGGAUCAGACUGGUUCGAAUGGCGCGAAUCUGACCUUCGAUGUCCAAUUUGGUAUUCCCAACAGUGGUUGCGCCGACCCAGCGGUCUGCAAGCGUAAUCAAUGGAUUGUGGGGUUCAUCAACGCGACUCCAUACAUUACCAUCUGUAUCCUCAUCGCUUGGCUUUCCGAUCCCCUCAAUCACAUCCUGGGUCGCCGUGGCACAAUCUUCCUCGCUGCCAUUUUCAGUCUUCUUGCGCCUCUCGGUUCCGCACUCACCCAGCACUGGGGUCAACUCGUUGCGUGCCGUGUCCUUCUUGGGAUCGGAAUGGGUCUCAAGGAAGUGACAGUUCCUGUGUAUUCGGCUGAAAAUGCACCGACCAACAUUCGCGGUGGACUAGUCAUGUCAUGGCAGCUAUGGACUGCCUUUGGCAUAUUCUUGGGAACGUGCGCCAAUUUGAUCGUGGCAAACACCGGUGACAUCUCGUGGCGGCUGCAGCUUGGAUCUGCAUUCAUUCCGGCAGUGCCGUUGCUUCUGGGCAUUUGGUUUUGCCCGGAGUCCCCUCGUUGGUUGAUGACCAAACGCAGUCAUCAGAAGGCAUAUGCCGCUCUGCUGAAGUUGCGAAACACACCUUUACAGGCCGCCAGAGAUUUGUAUUACAUCCAUGCUCAGUUAGAGAUGGAGAAGAAGAUGAUCAGGGAGUCUGGCUUCUCAAAGAGUGAUAACAUGUUCGUUCGAUUUGUGGAGCUGUUUACGGUGCCUCGUCUGCGACGUGCUGUUCAAGCUUCGGGGAUUGUAAUGAUCGCGCAACAGAUGUGUGGAAUCAACAUUAUCUCGUUCUACUCUUCCACGAUCUUCCAGCUAGCCGGUGCCUCCAACAUCGAAGCACUCCUCGCGUCAUUUGGAUUCGGGCUUAUCAACUUCGUCUUCGCCUGGCCCGCUGUGUGGACAAUCGAUACCUUUGGCAGACGAGGCCUCUUAUUGUUCACAUUCCCUCAGAUGUGCUGGACACUUCUAGCAGCCGGUUUCUGCUUCUGGAUCCCAAGCAGCAGCAACGCACACAUUGGAAUGAUCGCAUUCUUCAUAUACCUCUUCGAUGCAUUCUACUCCCCAGGAGAAGGACCGGUGCCAUUCACAUAUUCCGCCGAGGUUUUUCCUCUCUCCCACCGAGAAGUGGGUAUGGCCUGGGCCGUUGCCACGAAUAACUUCUGGGCCUCUGUGCUAUCACUGACAUUCCCAUACAUGCUGCGAGCGUUCACCCCGCAGGGUGCAUUUGGCUUCUAUGCAUGCUUGAACCUCGUGGCCUUUUGCUUGAUCUUCCUUUUCAUGCCCGAGACCAUGCAGCGUUCUCUCGAGGAGCUGGACUAUGUCUUUGGCGUGCCAACUCGCACUCACGCUAAGUACCAGCUUACCCAGGUUCUCCCUUGGUGGAUCAAGCGGUACAUAUUCAUGCGAAAGGACGCCGUCUGUCCAGAGCUGUACCGUAUUGCACCGGACUACGAACCCAACGCGGCGCUUGAGCUUUCGGCUCAGUCUGAGAAGACCGAGAAAGCCGAGGAUGUCGAACCUCACGCGGAACUGGUCUGA